AAGGUGAAAAUUUUGUUUGAUCAAUAGUUCAUUGAAAAAAAUUUACAACUUUUUGGCAUACAAAAAAUAAACAAAAUCAGUUUCUCUUUUCCCAAAAUUUUAUCCAUUUAAAAUUUUGGCCGAACUGUUCAAAUUUACACUUUUGGACUCCUCGCUUACGUAGUUCCAUAAUGGCUAAAAAGGCAGGACAGCAACAACUGCAAGCGGAUAUCCAGAGCGAUGAGGAGCUCGAGCGCUUCCUUGAACGACCAGGUCUCCUUGUGCUCGAUAUCUACUCGGAGUGGUGUGGGCCGUGUUUGGCUCUGGUAGGAAACCUGCGCAAAAUCAAGCUGGAGAUGGGUGGCGACAACCUGCAACUGGCCAUAUGUAAAUCAGACAACAUUACGGCCCUGAAGCGAUUUAAUAAAAAGAGUGAGCCCACAUGGCUAUUUGUGACUGGCGGCAGGGCCGUGAACAUAAUGUUCGGAUCAGAUGUACCAAAGCUGCUAAACUUACUGACCAGGGAGUUGGAAAAAACACUUCAGAAAACUCCACGGCAAGCGUUUUACCGACUAGACGAAUUGCAACCGAUCGAAGUGGAGCAGCAGAGGAUUAAGAUGGAGGCCAUCGAAAGGGCGGAUCGCAUUGAACGGGAGGCUAAGCACAAGAAACAGGUGGACUACCUCACCCAAGUGACAGAAUCCAUUAUGGAAAACAUGCCUGAUAUUGGCGUAACAGUGUUUGGUCCACAAGUAAACCGCGAUAUGUUUAAGAAACUUACAGAGCCCGCCGAGCCGCUCAAGAUGCAGUGCAAGGACCGUAGAGUAAUCCAAGUGUCCAUGGAUCAAUUUGAGAUCGUCAAUUUCGCCUGCAAGAACCCCCUGCCUAUGGAUGUAAUUGAGCAGCUGGACGGCAAAGAGUUGCUCAUGUGCUUCUGGAAGAUCGACGAGAGCAUUGGCACAGUGCCAAACGUGCUUAUGGCGUAUGCUCACGAGUUGACCAGGGAGAGAGUAGGACCGCCAAAUGAGGAGUUUGGCGAGGAACACGUCAUUCCUCCAAUUAUAGCCACCAUGAAGCUCAAAAUUGAAGUCGAAUUAAAGGAAGGUGAAGUAUGGGUUGAAGAGGUCAGCUCCGAGGAGGAGCUUAGACUAGCCCAAGCUAAAGCAAAAGGAAAGAGCAAGUCUGUCGUGCAAGAGGAGACUCAUCCCGCCGAAGAAGAGGCGGCCGAUUUCGAUGGAGAGGAAGAAGCCAGCGAAGAAGAGGUUCCCGAAGCAGUAGCCGAUGCUCCCCCUGGGUUCCCCGACAUGCCCUUCGAUAUGGACAUCGACAACGACGUCGAGGCUGCAGAGGACGAAGAAGAAAUACAGGAAAUUAAGGAGGAGGAGCCACCGAAACCACUCACCCGCAUUAAAACCGUAAAAGUUCCACCAAUAUGGGUGCCCAACAAUCGCCGCACGCAUGCCGCCCUCAUCUAUGUGUUCUUCCGUGGUCAGACCAGUGGCUUCCUACCACCAGAUCCCAAGCCGGACCCACCUCACGUUAUCAUGGCCUUUGACGCUACAAAGCGUAAGGAGAUUAUGCACGUUGUCGAUCGGCACAAGGAUGAUGUUCCGCUCUACGGAUACUUCUCCAGCGGUGAUCCAGAGGAUGCGGAACUGAUUGCAAAUUCCACUGACAAAUAUGAGAGUAGCCCCCACCUGGCGACUGAUAAGAUCGUCCUAAAGGUAAACAAGGUUCAGUCAAACAUGAUGCUUUCGCUGGUCUCCUACGGACCCAGUUAUGUGAGUCCCAACGUCAAUGUUGGUAAAGACGAGGCCCUUAGGUUCUUCCCGGAAGACUACAAGCUUCAAGAAGAGGUCGUUGUCGAGCCAGAAAAAAAGAGAAAAAAGAGCAAAAAGAUGAGCGAGGCCCAUGGGCCUCAGGAGCCGUUGGAACCAGACGCUGCGGCAGCGACUUCGGCUGCAGUGGAGCCGGUUUCGACAGAUGUGUCGGCGCCGGCAGGAGAAGGAGAAGUGCCCGCAGCCGCUGCUGGAGAAGGAGCAGCCGUGGCCGAGGUGGUACCGGCAGUCCCCGCCGAGCCUACUGCUGAAGGAGCCGCUCCAGAGGCACCACCCCCGGAAGCUGCACCCGAAUCACCCAAGGAGGAAGGUCUUGCCGAGGCUCAACCUUCGGCGCCUGAGCCGGAGGCAGAGGUACCGGCUGAUCCUGCCCCGGAACCGGCUGUCGAGUAACUGUGUCCCGGAUAACAAGCCCUCCUUAUUGUCGGAACAAAAUAAGAAGCUAAAAUUAUACUUCAGCGUGUCUGCGUGGAAAAGCAACCCAUUGGAUGUAUGGAACUCCCAUAAAGCGUUCCAUCCAUAAAAUCCCAUAUCCUACUGCUCAACUUGGUACAGAAGUUCAAUCCGCGUUGCUUUAAAAUUCAUUGACCAAGGAAAAAAUAUCAAAAAAUAUCAAAAACAAACAUUUUCCCUCGCAAAUUAUCCAUAGACACAAAUUUUUUUAAUGAUACCUGCGUUAACAAAAUACAAGCUAAUGAAGUCAUUGUUUUUACUUUAUUGAACGAAAAAUUGAAUUCGUUUAAUAACUUGCACAU